AUGACGACAAUGGCGACGCAAGGGGCUUGGCUACGACUGACUUCAUCACCGAAGUCUGUCGUCAAGUCAACGGUGACUUCAACGGAGCUGGGAUUUCUCACCUCCCAGCUCAGUGGCGUUAGAAUCUCUCACGGUCCCAGUGACGUCAUCAACCGUAUCUCCGUUCCUUCCUUCCCCGGUCUUCAGCCAAUCGUCGCCCGUAGGAUCUGCCCUUUUACUGGGAAGAAAGCAAACAGAGCAAACAAAGUGUCCUUCUCAAACCACAAGACCAAGAAGCUGCAAUUCGUAAACUUACAGUACAAAAAAGUCUGGUGGGAAGCUGGGAAACGUUUCGUCAAACUCCGUUUAUCAACAAAGGCCUUGAAGACCAUUGAGAAAAACGGACUCGAUGCUGUUGCCAAGAAAGCCGGCAUAGAUCUUCGCAAGAAGUAG